GUGACGAUACUUUUAGCACAAGCCUGGUGGGCGGCAGGGUGGCUGCGUAGGGUGGUUUAUCGACCAGGAUACGAGGAGUCUCUGAAAAGGUUCAGUAGUCGUGGGACCACCACCCCGUCAAAACGAGCUUUUGUCGAACGCGCGAGCUUCGCGAACGCUUUCGCAGUGCUCCCAUUUUUCUCUCUUCUUCCCUCCCCUGCUCUCCCUUUUUCUCUUUCUAUCUCUAUCUCUUUCAGCUUUUCAUCCUCUCGCCCGCUGUUUUUUUCUCUCUUCACCGUCUUCUCGACACUUUUUGCACCCUGUGUAAAUCGAGUACGUCGCAAGAGGGUUCGACAUAUAUCUGACGUUCGGGCAUCCAGCGAACGAAAAUGAUUACGGCGUUACCGGUACCUUCGGUGAAGGUCUUCCACAAGACCUACUACCAGGAGAAGGGUUCGCGAAUAGGGAACAGCCAGCCGGGGAGUCCACUGGCGGAGAGCGAGGCGGUGCUGGCCAUGUUAGACAAAGAACCACCAGAGUACUACUUUUGCGGAAAGGUAAAUUCGCUGUACGUCGUCGUCGGCUCGAUGUUGCUGGGGGCGGUGGUGCUGGUCGUCGGUUUGGUGCAACUCGCUCCGGGCGCGGAAGCGGCGCAAAACUCGGCGGCGCUGAUCGCCACCGGCAGCAGCCUUCUCGGAUUAGGACUGGUUCUCACCCCGUUAAGAGCCGUCUGCAUCAGAAAGCAGAACGCGGCGCAGAGGGACGGCACCCAUCAGCGGAGCGUCACCAGCAUAGACAUGCUGCUGGCUCAACACAGGGACUUCACGGUCCUGACGCCCGACGAGCUCGAGGAUCUCGUGGGCCGAUCGACGUCCAACAACGUGGAGAACAAACCUCACAAACAGGGUCACAAUACCUAGAUACCGCCUGCCUCGAGGAGGGUGUUACCUUCCGCGUCAGCCGCGUCUCCGCCGUGCACGAGUACCACGCCAUCAUCGUCCGUCACGUCGUCAGGACCAAGUUCCUCCAUUCUGUACACGCAUCGUUACGAUACGCGCGAGCAUAGUUUGGUUUAAUCAAUUGUAUGCGCACUCGCUACGUUAUUUACUGAGCAUCAUAGCUGUUUAAUCGCAUUUUAUAACGGUGCGAGAUUGCGAGCGAAACACGGAGGGAGAAAGGUGAUUUUUGUGAGUGCUCCGAGAUGAGCACGAAUAUAAGUAGAGCAGAGUAAAAAAUCUCGGCCGAGAUGAUAUGUAUGCACGCAGAGACGUGGGCGACGACUCCGUCGUCUUGGAUACAAUUUUCCGACACGGUCAUCGAUCAUCGCUCUUCUCUCUUCUCGAGAACUUGUUUGCUUCUCUCGACUUUUUUCGCGUUGACGAAAAUGACCGCGAGCAAAUAUGCGAUUCGAAUAGCUAGUUUGACAUUUGUAACGCAUGAAACACAAUGAAUAGAGGAAUUCUAAAUGGAUUAUAUUUGAAACACUAGCGAUAUUUAACGUUGCUGUUUCUCUUGCUCGCUGACCUUAAACGGUCUUGAAACCAAAUUACAGAACAGCAGCAAAUUCGUGGUAACAGGAGGGCGUGUGCUCUUAAUUAUGUUAUUAUAUAGUUGACGAUAUCGGUCGGUCGUAUGACAUGGACGGAGUUAUAAAAUAAUUACGCUAAUUGCGUGCGCAAGAUAUGCAUGAAAAAAAUUUCGCAGGGAUAUUUAUUGCGAAAAAUUAAGUCGGCAAAUUUUCGCAGCGAAAAACAUAAUACGCAGCUUUUAUGAAGGAAAGCUCAGAAGGAAUUCGCGAAUAUAAUCCGCGGAGAAGAGUUUAAUUUAAAUCAAGUAGAUCUGACAGGACCGAAUUUAGAAUCUUGAAAGAGGGACAAUCGCGCAAAACGCGGAUGUGGAUAUAAAAAAAAAAUUACGUAAUAUAUUUCAGGAAAUAAUUCUUUUAUUCUCCUUCUAUUUUAUGCAACUACCUUCUUUAAUUUCCUGAAGAUUCUUAUUUUAUUCCCAUUUUAUGCACAACCCCCUCACUCCACCGAUUGUCCCUCGCACUCUUAAAUCCGGUCCUCGGAUCUUGGAAUAAUUUUUCUAAAUUUCUUUUGAAUGUAUAAAAAGGUUCCGCGUGAUUAUCGUGUUCUUCAUCGCUGCAUCAAUUAAACUUUUUUCAAAUAUCUUUCUCUCUCUUAUCGAGCUAAAUUACACGUGAAAUAAUUUUAAAAUUACGUACGAAUUAGAAAUCAGUGAUUCUCUUUUUGAAAGAAAAAAAUAAUUGUAAAAAAAUAAUACAAUAUGCUAUAUUUAGAGCACGCGGAAAUGAUUGUUCGUAUUUCUAAUCGAAUAUGUGCGUUUCAAAAACGUUAGACAUAUCUUCUAUGCACUUUCUCGAUUCUCAGAUUCAAAAUGCAAUUAUCAAAAUUAUUAACAAGUUGUACUUUGUCCGUGUUGUAACACCGUGGAAAUUUUAUCGACAACAUAUUUUUUCGUGUUACAGAUUUUUAAAAGAUAUACUUUAACGUUGGAGAGAGGGGCACGAUCUUUUUUACUAUAAAUACGUAGUAACGGACGUUACUUUCUCAAAGACUAAAUUGUGUUCAAUUUAUGGAUGAAUGAGAGUCUGAUGUACCAAGCAACAUGUUGUCGCGUUAUAUAUCUCUACUUGCGAGUUAUUCAAAUAAAGAUAUAUAUAAUUCGCGUUGUGUGACGUACCUACGUAUACAUAAUAGAUAAGAUUCGAAAAUCUUCCUCUACAUUUGUUCCCCGCAGAACGAUGAAAAAAAUGAGGAAAAAUUAUACGCGUACACUGAAAAAAAUAUUAAAUUAA